GUGUGGUGGUACCAAUGGUCACGCCACGAGAGAGGUCCAUAAAAUGUGUGGAUAGAAACCACAGUUUCUCUGUAGCCAUUGAAUUCCACGUUUUAUCUAUCCUUUGCUCACUAGCGUUGAGAAACUCGCGCCAUGGCUGCUACCAUGACAUGGAAACUCUCACUGCUUCUGAGCCUUCUCUCAGUUUCAUCACUUGAGAAUGUUGGGGCAGUUCCCCCAACGUGCAAGCGCAUAGAGUGUCCCAGCUAUGACGUCAUACAAGUUGGCAAUGGCUACGAAAUCCGCCGCUAUAAUUCACCCGUUUGGAUUUCCAACACUCCCAUUCAAGACAUUUCUCUCGUUGAAGCCACUAGAACCGGCUUUUUGAGGCUAUUUGAUUACAUUCAAGGUAAGAACAACUACAAGCAGAAAAUUGAGAUGACAGGGCCGGUGAUCUCUGAAGUUUUACCCAGUGAUGGACCCUUCUGUGAGUCCUCAUUUGUUGUGAGCUUCUAUGUGCCAAAAGAGAACCAAGCAAACCCGCCACCUGCAAAGGGCCUUCAGGUUCAGAGAUGGAAAACUGUGUAUGCAGCAGUUAGACAGUUUGGUGGAUUUGUCAAAGAUACUGAUGUUGGAGAGGAAGCUGCAGCCUUGAAGGCUAGUAUUGCUGGCACUAAGUGGGGUGCUGCAGUUGAGAAAAGCAAGAGUGCUGGGCAUGCUUCUGUUUACACUGUCGCACAGUACAACGCCCCUUUUGAAUAUGAUAACAGGGUGAAUGAGAUAUGGUUCUUGUUUGAUAUUGAAAGUGGACUUCAAACCAUGUGAAAACAUAUGUAUAUACCAGACAAGGUAGCAUAUUAGCAUCUAAGCUUUAAACAUGAAAGCAAUAUGCAGACUGCGGACUGAGGUUUCUGGACAUGUUGAAUGGAUGAAUAAAGUGUUUAACAUUUAGCUAAAACAAUGUUUUCUUA